AUGGCUUCACUGGAAGAUCAAUACGGCAAGGAGUUGGAUAUUCUACAAAAAUCCUAUCCUUCGUCUCAAUCGCUAAAGCGUUCAAGUUUACUGAAAAUGUUUGAACGAUUUGGCGGAGAGAUUGAAUACAUUCAACAGUAUCUUGAACAACUUGGAAAACCAUCGGACGACGCUCCUUCCGAUCCAAACGAAACAAAGGAGCAACAACGAGCUAGACUCCGAAACAAGUAUACUGUCCAACUAGCUCAAUUAUCAAAUGCCGGUUUCAAUACCAAAUGUCCUCGCGUAGUGAACAAUCUCGAGAAACAACACGGUGACGUUAACAAGGUUAAGGAAAUUUUGCUACGACAAAGAGCGGCAAAAGAGAAACAGGCUGCAUUGAAUUUAAAAUAUAAAGAUCAAAUUGCUAAGCUCGAAGCUGAUGGCGUGAAAACCAAGAACAAGCAACAUCUAUUAAAAUUGCUAGAAAAAGCGGAUGGCCAGAUUGAUAGAGUCAAGGGGCUUUUAGCCGAAAAACAACACAAAAAGUCAUCAUCGGAUAGUGAAGACGAUGAUGAUGAUGACAAAGUUAACGAAAAAUCGAAUGAUUCUUCGAAGAAACAAUACGAAUUUGUCGCGGAUGAUCUUGAUCAUAUCAAAGAGCUGCGUGCUGCAGGUAUUCAUGGAAAUCCUGCCAAGCUUCUUGCUAUUUUUCAUGAAUGUAAUGAUUCUAUUGAACUGACUGUCGCUCGAAUUCAAAAGGAGCGCCAAGAACGUCAACAAGAAGCCGAGAAACGAGUUCAGCAACGUAUCUCACUUGCUCAGGCUCACGGUGCUUAUAUCAAUAUAAAUCACCGAAAUGAUUGGCCUAAUGACAUCGAAGAAGUCUAUCUCGACGGAAACAACAUGAUGUUUGUCGUGGAUUGUCUUCGUCAACUCUGUUUGAACCAUGCUCGUCAUAAAACGGAACGAGCUAUCGGACAACUAGCUGCGGCUUGGAAUGAACAAAUGCGUAUUCCGAAAGUUGAACUCAUUUUCGAUUCGACUCGUCAAGUAGAUCAAAUCGGUAGUGUAAACGUAACUAGUGCUCAUCCAAUCUAUCGAACAACAGACGACAUGCUCAUUGACAGUGCUCGACGAAAUGAUCAUCACGACAAGAAUAAACAUACAAUUAUAGUCACAUCUGAUCGUGAUUUAGCUGUACAGUUAUCACGUGAGGGAUGUCAACUGGUGAAAUCCUAUGCAUGGUUUGCUCAUUGUGCAAUGAUAUUAACACCGGACUUGGUUGCUGAAGACGAGUCGUCGACUGAAGCAACAACAAAAUCAAGAAAGCCCCGAUACAAUCUCGAUGAAUUGGUUCAUCGUAUUGCUCAUAUAGCUUGA